AUGCAAAACCACCCACAACUACUUCGAAGACCUUUACCUCCCAAACUCCCCAAACUGCCUUUAAGUAAGAAGAAAGUCCCUACAGCCAAGACUGGUAAAACUGAGCCAAAACAUGUAAAGUUCACUCAUGAUGAAACCACUUUAAUUCAAAGAAGGAAAACUAGUUUUCCUGAUGCUGUUUCAGGAGAUCAAUCACAAGCCCUUGUCAACGUCCAAAAUCUCUUUCUCGAUCAUUAUAUACAAGAAAGAGUGACUACUAUUUCAAUAUCCAGGAAAUCCAAUAAGAGUGCCUCCUGGCACAUUCCAGAGACUGCUACUGGUUCCAUAUUCUUUCCAAGCUCUCAUUCAGCCUCAAGUCGAAUUUUUGGGAAAGAAACAAGCCAAAUGAAAAUUUCAAGAAAAUCAAAAGAAGCAGCAUCAAAAAUUACAAAUAUUUAUUUUGGUGACAUGUUCAAAGACAUUCUGAUUCUCUCCGGACCUUCAAGCACCACUUCUCAAGCUAUUACUCCCAAACACAAGAAAGUUGGCUCUGAGUAUCUACUAUCAUCAAAGGAUAAAAUCUGUACUUUUAAGCAACAACUGGUAGGUCCACGUGCAACAGUGCCAAGCCCUGUACCAAGAAUUAUGCGUGUUAAAGCUGAAAGAUGGUGGUCUCCCCAGUUUAAAGAAAAAACUGCUGUGAUACUAAGUAUUACUCAUUUUCCAGGUCUCAUCUCCAUACCAUCACCAGUAUUGCCAAGAAAACCUCACAGACAGUCUUUGUUAGAAACUCAAGUAACAGAGUCUGAAAAUCUAGAAAGUGCUCCAAGGCAAAUCACGCCAAGCCUUUCUGAAGGUAUCAUUAAGUCUAAAAACCAGGAAGACUCACAGGCACAUGUUAUACAUGGUGGAGGUCUUAAGACUAUUAAUGUAACACGAUAUGAAACUAUAAUAACCAUGACCAACUUUGCCAUAGUAAACUGUCAAAUAUAUGGAAGAAAUGCACUUAAACUUAAGGGCUUUUUUCUCAUGAACUGUCCGGACUUAACGCCUUUGGCUUCCCAGCUGAUAUAUCUUAACUUAUCCUUUAAUGACAUCAGUCACUUCCCCACAGAAGUAUUUUGUCUUAAAAAUCUACAAAUACUAUUGCUGAGAAAUAAUCCUAUCAAAGAAAUCCCUUCUGAAAUUCAACAGCUUAAGUUCCUUAGAAUUUUCAGCAUUGCCUUUAAUUUGAUUACCACUCUUCCACCUGGGUUAUUCUUGUUGUCCCAUCUUGAGGAACUUGAUAUUUCCUACAAUAGUAUUGAUUCUAUUCCAAAUGAAAUCCAGAAACUCAGAUCACUUGAAAAACUGAAUGUUGAUGGGAAUGAUCUAACGAGUUUUCCUCCUGCGAUUUUGAAGCUUAACCUGAAAAAAAUCCAAUUUGAGAACACUUACACUCAUCCUACUCUUUGGAAAGAAAAUUCAUUGAAUAGCCCACAGCCUCUCACUCAACUUACUUCUUUUUUCUUUUCAAAAAAUAAUCUACAUAAAUAUUACGAUGCGAUCCCAGUGGAAAUUCAAAAGCUACUAAAAUGCACAUCUAGAUGUGAAUGGUGUCACGGUCCCAAGUUUGGUGAAGGUUUUCAAGUCAUCCGAUCCUAUGAUGUUUCUGGAGCAACGCACCUUCCUGUUUUGUUUCAUGUCUGUUCUUCUUCCUGCUACAGAAAAGUGAAAGAAAGCAGUUUUUUUUCAGAGAAUAUUCCUAGUGGAAUAAUAGUCUAAAUUAUGAGUUGAUAAGUCAUGUGAUCAUUUAGGAGUCCCGCUUUAAAAGCCAUUAAAGUUUACGGACAUAGUAAUUCAUUUCUUUGAGAGUAUAGGUUCUAUUUUCUGUAACUCUUCUUUGUAAUCCCAGCCAGUUCGGGAAAAAGUUUGUGACUGUUUAGGAAUUGUUGCAGAAUAAUUACUUAAGAAGGAAUAGUUAAAGGUCUUUGGAUUUCAGCAAAGAUCUAGAAAAUUUCAUUCAGAGCAUGUUUACCAGAAAAUGAGAAAUGACGGAAAACUUUGCAGAAAAGGGAUUAUCUUACAACUGGCAUUUUCGUGCACCCAUUCCAAGUAGUAAGCUAGCUUUUUAAAGUCAUCAGUGGGGUUUGUGCCACAUAUGGACUCGAAGUCAAGUAUCUAAGUCCUCUUGGUGAAUUUUGGUGGAAAUCUGUCCAGUGCCAACCAUUGUUGACUGUUUAAGGGAAUAAAAGACCCAUUCCAGCCCUGUAUUUAGUUGUUUGAAUUCACCACACAGGCUCUUAGGAAAUUGGUGCAAUCUCUGGUCAGUUAUCCUGACCUU